GACAACAUACCACUCAUUCGGCGGAGAACAAGCUUUGGAGCUUAGCUUGUUUAGCCUGCCAUGGUACGUUCGUUUAACGUGCCUCUAGCCCAGGCACAUGAUGCUGUCACCAUGGUUCAGGGUAUGCAAAGUUUUGUUCCUCCAAUGGACAGACAAUGCGCGAAGGGUUACAUACAGCAGCAUGGGGGUCAUGCUACUAUGUUGAAAUUGAUGGACGCGUUUAGUUAUGCGGACGCACUAUUCAAGUGCGAGCAGAAAGCUCGUGGGCAAACCCGUGAGCUCACUAAAAACUACAAGCGAUUGGCUUCUAAGAAGGCAAGCUUAGAAGAUGAGGUGAACGAGUUGAAGGAAAAGCUGGAUAAGGGUCAAGCUAAAAGGGGCAACAAGAUUCAAGCCACAAGGGAUGAAGCCAGCCAUGUUGAGGAUUAUGCCAAGCAUGCAGAAGCUGAUAGGAUAAGAGCCAAGAAGUCUCACCAAUGCUUUAUAUGUAUUACACGAGCACAAAGGGCAAAGUGGCUAGUUGGCUCUGAGAUGUUUCAGGAUGUCGUGGCGGUUGCUUCAGCUAAUACCAUAACAGAGAUCUAUAAUGAUAUCCAUGGGAAGCUGAGGUGGGAGCUGAACGAGGAAAGAGUGUCCGUGUGGCCUUCAUCUGUUGUAGAAGAAGAGGAAGACGUGGAGGGCUUACCAAGCUUUGAUGCGUGGGUGGUAGAGCUGCUUGAAGAAUAAGCUGAACCUUCAAGUACUCCACCAACUUCUCAGGCGACACGCAAGCUUUUCCUCCUCUAGUUGGUCCUACUCCAGCCUGACCUUCUCCAGCUCGUGCUUUUUUAGCUCAUGCUGAUGCAUCCGUCCCUGUUGACUUGAUGAAUGACUAGGGUUUUAGACUUAGUUUUUUCUUUUGUAUUUUUUGUAUUGGUCAAACGACCUUUUUGAACAAUUUUAUCAUCGUCUCAUGUACUUGAAUGUAUAAAUGUGUGUAAAGAAAUACAAUUUGGGAGAUUUU